AUGAUUUCAACAUUACAAGAAGCUCAGUUUGUAGGCCUAGCUUCAUCUCAUUGCCUCCAAUCUUCAUUUUUUUCACAGAAAAUGUUCAAAGCUUUGGUUGUAGCUCUGUUGUUCUCAGUUCUUAACCAUGGAAGUAACAGAGCCACAGCAAGUGGUGAUGGGGAUUUCUUCCAUAAUUGCCCACCAUUCAGGUGCGGUGAUGGCAGAACAGAGAUCCGAUUUCCGUUCCGCCUUGCAACCAGCCCCCCGUCCUGUGGAGCACCUGGCUUGGAGCUAUCAUGCUCUAGGGAAGCAGAUACCAUCCUACUUCACCCAAUUCUUGGACAAUGCAAGGUCACUGGAAUCGAUUACAGUGCUGGUGAGAUGAAUGUCAUCCCGCUUGAAGAAUCAUGGACUCGGUGCCCGCUUCAGAAGAUCUCUAUCACCAAUCUAGCAACCAGUGUAUACAAACCUCUCAGGCAUGGGGGUGAACCUAUCAUCCUGGUACGCUGUUCAAGAGAGUUGAUACCAAAAGAGAAGACCAGCAUUAGAGGUUUUCGUAGGGAGGACAGUAUUGUUGGCCCAAUCUCUUGCAUGAGCAACACAAGCAAGUUCACAUAUUUGAUGGCUGGUAUGGAACCAAUGUCUCUACUUCCCUUAGGCUGUACAGUGGUUUCCAACGGCAUGUCAACACCGCAGGAUUUUGAUGGCAACCCGGUUGAGUUAUUCGCCGAAAUAGCCAAAAGAGUCAUCGCAUCUGGUGAGACAACCUUGACUUGGUCGGUUCCUAACAUAACCGACAUUUGUCUGGACUGCGAGCGAAACGGGCAUCCCUGCGGAUUCAGCACACAACGCGGACAAGCAUUCUGCAAGCCCCAAGGUUCACGUGUGAAAGUCAUUGCAGCAACAUCAUCGGUAGCCACAUUUGUGAUUCUCUUGCUGACGGCAGCCACGGCACUCUAUCGGUCCCUAAAAUCAAAGGUUGAUGAAGAGGUACGAAUGAAAAUCGAAAUGUUUCUCAAGGCAUAUGGCACAUCGAAACCAACAAGAUACACAUUCUCUGAAGUUAAAAAAGUAACAAGACGAUUCAAAGAUAGACUGGGUCAGGGUGGAUUUGGAAGCGUAUACAAAGGCCAGCUGGCAAAUGGGGUACCUGUGGCAGUAAAGAUGCUGGAGAACUCAAGGAGCGACGGAGAAGAGUUCAUGAAUGAAGUUGCAACCAUUGGUAGAAUCCACCAUGCUAAUGUGGUCCGUCUGUUGGGAUUCUGCUCAGAUGGAACAAGGCGUGCCCUUAUCUAUGAAUUCAUGCCUAACGGAUCACUCGAGAAGUACAUAUUCGCAGAUGAAUCAGAUAUUUGUCGAGAGCUAUUAGCACCUAACAAAAUGCUGGAGAUAGCAUCAGGCAUUGCACGGGGAAUCGAAUACCUGCAUCAAGGCUGCAAUCAGCGGAUCCUCCACUUCGACAUCAAGCCUCACAACAUCUUGCUAGACUACAGGUUCAGUCCAAAGAUUUCAGAUUUUGGGCUUGCAAAGCUGUGUACGAGGGAUCAUAGCAUCGUCGCACUGACUGCAGCAAGAGGAACAAUGGGUUACAUUGCGCCAGAACUGUAUUCUCGAAACUUUGGGAGAAUAUCCAGCAAGUCCGACGUCUAUAGCUUUGGCAUGCUGGUGUUGGAAAUGGUGAGCGGGCGGAGGAACUCGGAUCCAUGGAUCGAGAACCAAAAUGAGGUUUACAUGCCAGAGUGGAUAUACGAGAAGAUUAGCACGGAGCAAGAGCUGGAAUCAACGAGGGACAUGACGCGAGAAGAGAAGGAGACAAUAAAAAAGCUGGCCAUCGUGGCACUGUGGUGCAUUCAGUGGAACCCGAAAAACCGCCCAUCCAUGCCGAAAGUGCUGAACAUGCUUACAGGAACCUUGCAGGGCCUAACGAUGCCCCCCAAGCCAUUCGUUUCAUCUCCGGGCCACCCCGUGCCGCAAGUCUAGGGAUUUGUUUCGCUGCGACUCUGAAUGUAUUUAUUUCGGAACACCGAGACUUAGUUUUCUGCACAGUAAUGCUGUAUUGUACUCCCUCCGUUCCUAAAUAAUUGUAGUCGGAGAGAACUAGAUUAGUUCUCCCCAACUACA